CACCACCACAGCAGAAGCCUCCUCCUUCUUCCUCCUCCUCCUCAUCAGCACCACCACAUCAUCCUCUGAAGCCCGAGAGGCGCGUCGGUGAACUUUUGCCACCAAAGCCAAGCGUCCCCUCACAAAAUGGAGGACGGCUACCAGAACCGGACGGCCUUCAUCAAAGGCGCCAAAGACAUCGCCAAGGAAGUCAAGCGUCAGGCUUCCAAGAAGGUGGCCCGCAGCGUGGACCGCGUCAACGACGAGUACAGCCGCCGCUCCUACAGCCGCUUCGAGGAAGACGAGGAUGACGACUAUCCAGCGCAGGACGGCGGUGGCGGCGGCUACUAUCGCGGCGACAGCCAGGCAGCCAACGAAGACGAUGAGGGUGGGCACAGCGACUCCACAGAGGGUCACGACGAGGACGACGAGAUCUACGAGGGCGAGUACCAGGGCAUCCCCCGGGCCGAAUCGGGCAAGGGCAGCCUGGCCGGCGGGCCCGGCUCGGUUCCGCAGCAGUUCCGGGACGUGGCGGCUUCCGAAGCGGAGAGGCGUAAAGACCAGGAGGAGCUGGCUCAGCAGUACGAGAGCAUCCUGCAGGAGUGCGGCCACGGAAAGUUCCAGUGGACGCUCUACUUUGUGCUGGGCUUGGCGCUCAUGGCCGACGGCGUGGAGAUCUUCGUGGUGGGCUUUGUCCUGCCCAGCGCCGAGAAGGACAUGUGUCUGUCCGAGCCCAACAAGAGCAUGUUGGGUCUGAUUGUCUAUUUCGGGAUGAUGGUGGGGGCGUUCCUGUGGGGCGCCUUGGCCGACCGAAUCGGUCGCCGUCAGUCGCUUCUCAUCUCGCUGUCCAUCAACAGCAUCUUCUCUUUCUUCUCGUCCUUCGUGCAGGGAUACAGCACCUUCCUCUUCUGCAGGCUCCUCUCGGGCGUCGGGAUCGGAGGCUCCAUUCCCAUCGUCUUCUCCUACUACUCGGAGUUUCUAUCCCAGGAGAAGCGAGGCGAGCACCUCAGCUGGCUCUGCAUGUUCUGGAUGAUCGGCGGCAUCUACGCCUCGGCCAUGGCCUGGGCCAUCAUUCCGCAUUACGGAUGGAGCUUCCAGAUGGGUUCGGCCUACCAGUUCCACAGUUGGCGUGUUUUCGUGCUGGUGUGCGCUUUCCCCUCGGUCGCCGCCAUCGCCGCUCUUAGUGCCAUGCCAGAGAGUCCGCGCUUCUACUUGGAGAACGGCAAACACGACGAAGGCUGGAUGAUCCUCAAGCAAGUCCACGACACCAACAUGCGAGCCAAAGGACACCCGGAGAAAGUCUUUAGCGUGACCACCAUCAAGACAGUGAAGCAGAUGGACGAGCUGGCGGAAGGUGGCACCGACACGCCUGUCUGGCAGCGCUACCGCCUCAAAAUUAUGAGCCUCUCCCAACAGAUCCGCAAUAACAUCGUUGCCUGCUUCAGCCCGGAAUACAAGCGGACCACUUUUAUGCUCAUGGCUGUUUGGUUCAGCAUGUCGUUCAGCUACUACGGCCUGACCGUUUGGUUCCCCGACAUGAUCAAGUACAUCCAGAAGCAGGAAUACGAUUCGCGCACCAAGACCUUCAGCAAGGAACGCGUGGAGCAUGUUACCUUCAACUUCACGUUGGAGAACCAGGUGCACCGCCAAGGCUAUUACUUCAACGACAAGUUCCUCAACCUAAAGAUGAAAUCGAUGGUGUUUGAGGACUCCGUGUUUGAGGAGUGCUAUUUUGAAGACAUCACGUCCACGCACACGGUCUUCCGUAACUGCACCUUCAUCGCCAGCUUGUUUUACAACACGGAUUUGUUCAAGUACAGGCUUGUGGAUUCCAAAUUGGUGAACAGUACCUUCCUACACAACAAGGAAGGCUGCAUGUUGGAUUUCAGCGACGACUUCAACAACGCCUACAUGAUCUACUUCGUCAACUUCCUGGGAACGCUGGCCGUUUUGCCCGGCAAUAUCGUGUCGGCUCUGCUCAUGGACAAAAUUGGUCGUUUGCGGAUGCUGGCGGGGUCCAGCGUCAUUUCGUGCAUCAGCUGCUUCUUCCUGAUGUUCGGCAACAGCGAGUCGGGCAUGAUCGCCCUCCUGUGUCUUUUCGGUGGGAUUAGCAUCGCCUCCUGGAACGCCUUGGAUGUCAUCACCGUUGAGCUGUACCCAUCUGAUAAAAGGACCACGGCGUUUGGAUUCUUGAAUGCUUUGUGCAAGCUGGCGGCUGUACUGGGCAUCAGCAUCUUCCAGUCCUUUGUCGGCAUCACCAAAGCCAUGCCUAUUCUGUUUGCCGCCGGCGCACUGGCCGCAGGGAGCUUCCUCGCCACAAAGUUGCCCGAAACCCGGGGUCAGGUGCUGCAGUAGGAACCGAUGGCAUCAGCGAGGUGAGCGGGCCAGCACCCGGACGAGGCAGUGCGGGGCCGAGUGCCAGCGCCGCCUCUUACAAACACCGCAUUGCCAUUUUUUCGAAAGCCCCAGAAUGCUCCUCAAUGUGGAUGACAUCAUCUUCUUUGGGGGGGAUUAGUUUCGACCUUAGGGGACUCCCCAUUUGUUUUAUGGUGCAGGUGAGUGUUUUGCAUGUGUUAUGAGUGAGUGAGGGAAAACUUGCGUCAUUCCAUAAUUCUUUUUUUAACUAAGAAUUAUAGCCGAUUGGUUCUGAAAAGCAGAAUGUACAGAGUAGGCAGAGUUUACAUAAUUUAAAAAAAACACACAUCAUCACACCAACUCAUAUGAAUGCUUUCAUUCAGGAUUUUAAAGCAGCUGACUUGCCUGAAACCAUUACCUCAAUCCAAAAUGGCCGAUUCUGUAUCCCAAUACAUGUGUCCGAUUGACAUGGAUUUUGGCUGGUGUGUCUAUCAUAACAAGAGCCACAAAAAAUCUCAAGGACCCUUGCCCGAAUUUGAACAUUUUUGUUUGAAGCGGCCAUUUUGAGGCAAAUUCUUGCAACUAAAUUCUUCAAUGUCCUCACUUCUGUUCUGCUUAUUUCUCCCAGACAUUCAUGCUAGUCAUAAGCACAAAUUGGGCCAAAAGAAGAAUUACGGCAUGAGUGAUGAAAACAUGAAUAAGGCACAAAAUAUUUCAUGUAAAUUCAGAAUUAUAAUUUCCCCGAUGGUUAACAUCCAAUUUGUGUGCGGACAAUCAACGACUAAGGAUUUAAUUUCGUGUGCAUCCAUGACAUUUUCCCCGGAAGAAAAGUGUGUUUGUGUAGGAGAACAGCGAGCUUUAAAGUAAAAACAUUGAACAAAAAACACCCAGUUCUGCCUAAAUUGUCUAAAGAUGUGCAAAAAUAACCGUAUCAAAAAUAUUUGACUGUUAGAAUCCAGGCUAACGGUUUCAUUUCCAAGCUAAGCUAACAACUUAAAUUUGAAAAUUUCCAGCCCUCAAAAUCCCCUUACGUCCACUUUUGCAAGAAAUAAGUUCAUGUGCAAAAAUAAUAUCCCACAACUAUAUUUUGAGUUUCAGAGAGAGAAGAGGGGGAACUCCACCUCACAUUAUAUGCUGUUUAAUGUAGUAGACCCGGGUGCUCUUUUUGCCAGUAGAUUUUUUUUUUCGAUGAAUUUAGGGGAAAAAAAGAGGCUUAAAAAAAUGGGCGACUCAAUUCGCCGAAUGAUCGUGGCGCAUGUUUGUAUCGUGUUGUCUGACUUUUUGGGAUGUCUUUUGUGUGCCGGCCGUUUGUGUCUUUAAAAACGCGACGAGUAGCGUUUUAUUUCAUUUGAUUUUUUUUUUCCACAUUGUUCGCCGAUGAUUGCGAUGACAUCGGUCUGUUGCUUGCUGUUCUUGUUCUUGAUCAAAGUGGGAUUUUUUUUUUACAUUGGUGAAACGUAUGUUUUUGGAAAGUGGUGACUCUACUCCUCCUUGACCUGGUUUAUAGAUUUUUAUUUUAUCAAAUAUAUUAUACGUUUGAAAUAUGUUUAAUAUUGAAAAUAUGUUUUCAAUGUAUGAAAAUGUUUUAGGAAGAUCUAAAUACAUUUUUAUGUAUUUAAAAUUGUUUGAAAAUAUUUCCAUUUAUAUUUUUUUUAGAAGAUGUUUUAUAUAUAAAUAUAUUACAAAUAGAUUUUAAGUUCAUAUGCAAUAUGUUUUAAUGAUAAAAAAUAUUCAAAAUUAACUUGCAAUGUGAUUUAAAUGUAUGCAAGUAUUUUGGGAAUAUUUAAAACAUCCCAAGUUUGGAAUGUGUUUCCAUUACACAUCUAAAAUAUGUUUCAAAUGUGUAAAUUAAAUAUUUAAAUGUUUUGAGUGACAAACAUGAAAUAUGAAACACAAUCAAAAUAUUUGUAUCUAUUUAAAACACAUGUAAACAUUUGAAAUAUAUUGCAUUCAAAAUACAUUUAGAUUUCUUUAAUGAUUUAAUGUAAUGACAAAAUUUAAAAUAUAAACAAAUUGUCUAAAAGGAUUCCAACGUCAGCUAUUUGAAUGCUGAUAAAAUUACACCUGUCCAGGUCAAACAUCUUAGGGCAGGGCAAAGUUAAGUCUUGCCUGUUCCCGUUCAUCCAAAGAGUGCCCCCAAAAAGUUUAUAGUGUAGAGUUCUAAUUAAAUAUACAUACAGUACAUAUUGAAUUAUGCUAUACAUAUUUAUACGUACCCGCAGUGGACACAAUUACAUUCCCGAUGUCAGGAAACAAAGUGCGAUUUUGUUACGAUUGGUUUUUAGUUUCUCGUUUUUAUUAAGCGUACUUUAAAUGUGAGUUUUGUUCAAAGAAUCAAUGUACCGUAUAAAAAAAAGGCAAAGAAAAAUAUUGGUGUUUGUAUGUGCAAGUAUGGAAUUUGUGGAACAUUCAGGAUAAUUUGGGGGGGGAAAAAUACCUGUACGCAAAUUUUAUGGCGUGUUGUCUUUGUUUUGUAAAUGCAAAAUGAAUUCUUGGUGAUUUCAGUAUUUGAAUCUGAAUAUAUUGGUGAUGCUGACGUGAA